AUGUCUCAUGGCCACGCGGACUCUAAUCUGAAGAUGGAGUCGCCUUCCCUGAAUGGCAGUCUGAAAAAUGGCGACUCCCACUCCUCCCGUACAUCCCGAUCACCACUCCCCAAAAAGGAAGAGCCAUCACCAACCCCCAACGCCGACGCCAUGAAGGAUCCCGAGAUCAAGCAGGAACGCCCCAAGCUGUCACGCAGCUCGUCAAACGUGUCGCGUCCUCCACCGCUAUACACGCACCUGCCAGAUAGCACCCAAGAUGCGCUCGCCACGUUCGAACAGAUUCCCCGCUGUGUGUACGCCAACAAAUACAUGGGGUUCACCGAGUUGGCCAUGGAGUGCGAUUGCGCUGAAGAGUGGGACUCGAAUCUGGGUCAGAAUCUGGCCUGUGGCGAAGACUCCGAUUGCAUCAAUCGUGCUACCAAGAUCGAAUGUGCGGGCGACUGCGGCUGCGGUGCAGAUUGUCGCAAUCAGCGCUUCCAGAAAAGUCAAUUUGCUUCCGUGGCAGUGAUCAAAACCGAGAAGAAGGGGUUCGGAUUACGCGCGGAAACUAAUCUCAACGAAGGCGAUUUGAUCUACGAAUAUGUUGGGGAGGUUGUGGCGGAACAGCAAUUCCGGAAGCGUAUGAGGCAGUAUGAUGAUGAGGGCAUCAAGCAUUUUUACUUCAUGUCCCUGAGCACGGGCGAAUUUGUCGAUGCGACCAAGCGUGGUAAUCUCGGACGGUUCUGCAACCACUCCUGUAACCCCAAUUGUUUUGUUGACAAAUGGGUUGUCGGGGAGAAGAUGCGCAUGGGAAUCUUCGCUGAACGGUCCAUCCAGGCUGGUGAAGAGCUAGUAUUCAACUACAACGUUGAUCGCUAUGGUGCUGAUCCCCAGCCUUGCUAUUGCGGAGAGCCAAUGUGCACUGGCUUCAUCGGAGGACGCACUCAGACAGAGCGUGCAACGAAGCUGUCCAAUGCAACCAUGGAGGCAUUGGGCAUGGACGACGAAGAAGAUGGAUGGGAUACCGUGGUUGCCAAACGGCCCAAGAAGAAGAAGAUGGGCGAGGAUGAUGAGGAAUACGUGGACAGCGUACAACCCAAGACUUUGGAUGAGGACAGCGUGACCAAGGUUAUGGCAGCUUUGGUACAGUGCCAGGAGAAAUGGAUUGCUGUCAAAUUGCUUGGACGUAUUCAACGCUGUGAAGACGAACGAGUGCGCAACCGCGUGGUCAGAAUGCACGGCUACCAGAUUCUCAACUCACAGCUGGCCCGAUGGAAAGAGGACCAGAACGUGGUGCUGCAGAUCAUGAACAUCCUGGACGGAUUCCCUCGACUCACGCGAAACAAGAUCCAAGACUCCAAGAUUGAAGCCAAUAUUCAACCACUGACGACAUGUGAAGAUGAGCGCGUGGCGAAGAAGGCCGUUGCAUUGCUUGCAAGCUGGGCUGGAUUGGAAGUGGCUUAUCGAAUUCCGCGCAUGAAGCGCGGCAAAGAUGCGAAACAGGCAGUCAAUCAGUUUGAGCGUCGUGAAACCGGAGGCCAACAGCGCCAAAGAUCUCUCACCCGCUCUCCAUCACCAGUCUACGAUGCUCCCCGGGGGCCGGCGCAGCAACGACGAGACAGGGGCCCUCCGCGUGGACCCAGACAACAGAACCGCCGUGGUCCUCGGCCCUUGCCUGAGGGGUGGUUCACUGCAGAGUCGGAAGGUCGUACUUACUACUACUCUGCAUCUGGAAAGACAACAUGGGAGCGUCCGACUGUCCCUGCCACACCAGCGGCUUCUACCCCGGGCCAACCCUCGAAGAAUCAGCAGAACAUGGCAUUGCAGAGCAUCAUUGACGGGAUCAUGAACGCACAGGAAGACACACCUUCUGAAAAUAAGACUGACACUCCAACUUCGCCCCAACCAGCCGAUCUUCCAGAGAAGAAGAACAAGGAGGUGGAAAAGUGGCGAAAGCUCCCCUUGGAGAAACAGAAAAAGAUAUAUGAGAAUACUCUUUUCCCUCAUAUCAAGGGUGUGGUUGACCAAUACAAACACAAGAUUCCGAAGGACGAUCUGAAGCGAUUUGCAAAAGAGACUGCAAAGAAGCUUGUGGAAAGUGACUAUAAGAAGAACCGCGUAACCGAUCCCACUAGGGUUAGCAGCAAGCACCAACAAACCGUGAAAAGCUACUGCAAGGCCUUCUUCGACAAAGCUGCAAGCAAAUACGAGACUCGCGAAAAACGCAAGUCCAUGAAGUCAGAGGAUGCGACUCCAGUUCCUGAUGCCGAUGCCGAAGUCUUACCAUCUCCCGAAGACGAAGACACAUCUCUCAAGCGAAAGCGCGAGGGAACCCUGAACAUUGACGGCGCAGACGAUGGUGACAUAUCACCUUCCAAACGACAGAAAUCCACACCCCCUCCGCCCCCUCCACCACCUCCUCCUGCCGAAUCACCAGACGGCGACGGCGAUACCAACAUGGGGAACACCGACCCAUCUCCCAAGGAUACCGACGUGAAUAUGGAGACACCCACCCAGAAUCCAGAGACCAGCAUCGAGGAAUAG